UUUGGAGAUCACGUAUUUCUAGCCUAUAACAAAAAGGGGAAGAAGCAAAUUUAGUCUCUUUGUUAUCUCGCUUGCUUACUUGCGUAGACCUGCCUCAUCAAACUCCAAUUUUGUUACCGCGAAGCUUGGAAAGGAGCCUUUCUUUUAAUAGAACAGGGCCUGACCUGACAGAGUACGUACGGAUCACACUAUUUUGUGAAUCAAAGCAAGGCAUAGAAUAAAGAUGAUGUCAAAUACCAUUGAAUUCGUUUCUAAGAGAAGAAUGGCUCCAACUACAACAACAACUGAUUCCGGUGAGGUAAAAAUUAGACCGUACCACAGUGCCGAUUAUCAACAAUGUCGGGAGAUAUUCACCCAAGGAAUGGAACAGUUAAUCAAGCUUGUGACCCAACUGGUCUUCCCCAGAUUCUGCUGGCUUCUCGCGGCCUUGAGCGUAUUAGUUUUUCUUGCUGCUUUGAAAUAUUCCCUGUGGCUUGUUCCUCUCUACAUUUUUGCCUGUGUGGUUGUGCUGUCGCUUUUGUAUGUGGACGUUUAUCUGGAGUGUUGGAAGUUUAUUAACUCUUGUUUGGCAACAGACCUGAAGGACAUUCAAAAGAGUUAUAUGACCAAUGAUGGCUCCCACAUGUGGGUGGCUGAGUGGAAUGGUAAAGUUGUGGGAAUGGUUGGGCUUGUACACCAUGAAGGCCACAAACCAGGAGUCGCUGAACUUCAGAGGAUGUCUGUAUCAUCAGCCUGUAGAAGAAUGGGAAUCGCCAGGAAAUUGCUCGACGAGCUGCUCAAACAUGCCAAAGAACAGCAAUUCGAGAAACUUAUAUUGACUACCACCAGUGCACAGACACCAGCCAUUCGACUUUACAAGAAAUACGGCUUCAAGCUUGUAGCAGUAUUUCCUUAUCCUCAAAAGCUUCUUGCAGACCUGCAGUAUUCUUGCUUUGACCUUCGGCUUAACGAUUAGGACAUUUCUGGAACGCUUCCCUGUGGCUGAGGUGAGCUUCAAUAGUCCCGCACUCCCACAGGUAGACUCAACCAAGGGUUGUUAGCUAGUUAGUCACCCAUGUUCGCUGGAUAAGUGAUGAUAUCACUCAAAGUUAAGACUGAAGCACUUGUAGCCUGUUCAGCACUCAGACACGUUAAUAGCAAGACUGUUCAGCCUCUCUAUGCUGGUGUUUGUUAGAGACAUUAGAGAAGCGAGCUUUUCGCAGCAAUACAAACCUGGAUUUGUCAGAAAAAAAACAAAAAAACCUUGCCAUUGCCAUUUUAAAUCAAAGAAGUAGAGUAGUUUGUGGUUUUUUAGCAUUGAUGGUAUUCUAGCCGCCACAAUCUAUUUCAGACAAAACUCACCCAACUAGCGUCACAUUUUUUGGUGCCACUAUUGAGCGGACUUGAAGCGCCGUACUGAUAACCUGAUUUCAAAAGCGACAGUUUAUUUUGUUGAGGUCACCUUGUAAGUUAGCAGUUUGCUCUUUGCUUAGUUGAACUAAAACUUAUCGUGAUAGGAUUGAAUGGUGAAGCUGUCUUCGGAAGUAACUCACGGAUUUGUCGUAAAUAAAUACACAUUAUGAACUCACUA